UUGCUGUUGUUUGUGAGUACAUCUUACAGAGGACCAGCUCAAACCCACAGCUGCCAAAAUGAGAGAGUUCAAGAGCAAGGCUUUCUGGAGGGCAGUUCUGGCCGAACUGGUUGGGAUGACCCUUUUUAUUUUUCUCAGCAUCGCCACAGCUAUUGGGAACACAAACAACGCUAAUCCAGACCAAGAGGUGAAGGUCUCACUCGCCUUUGGACUUGCCAUUGCCACUCUGGCCCAAAGUUUAGGGCACAUCAGUGGAGCCCACCUGAAUCCUGCAGUCACCCUCGGGAUGCUUGCCAGCUGCCAGAUCAGUGUGUUCAAGGCUAUCAUGUACAUUAUUUCCCAGAUGCUGGGCUCAGCCCUAGCCAGUGGCAUUGUGUAUGGAACACGGCCUGAUAACAUUACUGUACUGGGGCUCAAUGCUCUCAACGGCGUCACACCCAGCCAAGGCGUAGGCAUAGAGCUUUUGGCGACCUUCCAGCUGGUGCUGUGUGUCAUUGCAGUCACUGAUAAAAGACGGCGUGAUGUCACCGGCUCUGCACCCUUGGCCAUUGGCCUCUCAGUCUGCCUGGGACACUUGGCAGCUAUCAGCUACACAGGCUGUGGCAUCAACCCUGCUCGCUCCUUCGGGCCAGCUUUGAUCCUGAACAAUUUUACAAACCACUGGGUGUACUGGGUGGGUCCAAUGUGUGGCGGUGUGGCAGCAGCUCUUCUGUACGAUUUCCUGCUUUCUCCCAAAUUCGAUGACUUCCCCGACCGCUUGAAGGUGCUGGUCAGCGGGCCAGUGGGUGACUAUGACGUCAACGGAGGCAACGAUGCAACAACUGUGGAGAUGACCUCAAAGUAGUGCUACGCAAAGAUGAAAUGCUAUUGUAAAUAUCUAUACUCCUGUACAAAAGCGUUAGAAUUUAGUUUAGUAUGUUAGUGUUUUUUUCUGCUGUUUUGAGGUAACCAAUGAGGAUUGACGGGUCAGUUAGUGCCUCCUUCCUAUUUCGCUCAUGUUUUUGGCCAAGCACCAGUUUUUUAUCCAAAGUGCCGCUCAGAUAAGUUAACUCUAAAAUUCCCAAUAAAGUCAAGUGUUAAUGUUUGUUUUUUCAAUAUCAGUAUUCCAGGUUGAGCCAUUUUUGUAUACAUAUUUCUAUGAAUCUGUAUCACGUUUAUUUCUGACGGAUAAUGUAUUGUGUGUGCACUUUUGAAACUCCUCUCACUUUUUUAAAAGUAAAAUAAAACACUGGAUAUUAAAAAAAGA